CCGCCGCCUCCCCCGCCGCCGCAGCCCCAGCACCAGCCGCCUCGCCGCCGCCGCCGCCGCCGCCGCCCGGACCCUGGCGCGCUGAAUGCAGACUAAUAGGGAUGCCAAAGGAAAAAUAUGAUCCUCCAGAUCCUCGCCGAAUUUAUACCAUCAUGUCAGCAGAGGAGGUAGCCAAUGGGAAAAAAUCUCACUGGGCAGAAUUAGAAAUUUCAGGUAGAGUGCGGAGCUUAAGUACAUCACUUUGGUCAUUGACACACUUGACAGCGCUGCACCUAAAUGACAAUUACCUUAGUCGCAUUCCACCUGAUAUUGCCAAGCUUCAUAAUCUGGUUUACCUGGAUCUGUCAUCCAAUAAACUCAGAAGUUUACCAGCAGAACUAGGAAACAUGGUGUCUCUCAGGGAAUUGCUUUUAAAUAACAAUCUGUUACGGGUUUUGCCUUAUGAACUUGGUCGGCUCUUCCAGCUACAAACUCUAGGUUUGAAAGGCAAUCCUUUAUCACAGGAUAUUCUCAACUUGUACCAGGACCCAGAUGGAACCCGAAAGCUACUGAACUUCAUGCUUGACAAUCUAGCAGUUCAUCCAGAGCAGCUUCCUCCGAGGCCAUGGAUUACAUUAAAAGAACGAGACCAAAUUCUACCAUCAGCAUCAUUCACGGUUAUGUGUUACAAUGUGUUAUGUGAUAAAUACGCCACCCGGCAGCUAUAUGGCUAUUGCCCCUCCUGGGCAUUAAACUGGGAAUACAGGAAAAAGGGAAUUAUGGAAGAAAUUGUUAACUGUGACGCAGAUAUCAUUAGUCUUCAGGAAGUGGAAACAGAGCAAUACUUCACUCUCUUUCUGCCAGCAUUGAAGGAGCGUGGAUAUGAUGGAUUUUUUUCUCCAAAGUCACGUGCCAAAAUCAUGUCUGAGCAGGAAAGAAAGCAUGUGGAUGGUUGUGCAAUAUUCUUCAAAACAGAAAAAUUUACAUUGGUGCAAAAGCAUACAGUGGAAUUUAACCAAGUGGCAAUGGCUAAUUCAGAUGGAUCCGAAGCUAUGCUAAACAGAGUGAUGACAAAAGAUAACAUUGGUGUUGCUGUGGUAUUAGAGGUCCACAAGGAACUAUUUGGAGCAGGUAUGAAGCCAAUUCAUGCUGCAGACAAACAGCUGCUUAUUGUGGCAAAUGCCCACAUGCAUUGGGACCCAGAGUAUUCUGAUGUGAAACUCAUCCAGACCAUGAUGUUUGUCUCAGAGGUUAAAAACAUUCUGGAGAAAGCUUCUAGUAGGCCUGGCAGCCCAACCACAGAUCCUAAUUCUAUCCCGCUGGUGCUAUGUGCAGAUCUUAACUCAUUGCCAGAUUCAGGUGUUGUGGAAUAUUUAAGCAAUGGAGGAGUAGCUGACAACCAUAAAGACUUCAAGGAACUAAGGUACAAUGAGUGUCUUAUGAACUUCAGCUGCAAUGGAAAGAAUGGAAGCUCAGAAGGGAGAAUCACACAUGGCUUCCAACUUAAGAGCGCCUAUGAAAAUAACUUGAUGCCUUACACCAAUUACACCUUUGAUUUCAAAGGCGUGAUUGACUACAUUUUCUAUUCCAAGACUCAUAUGAACGUACUUGGUGUCCUGGGGCCUUUAGAUCCUCAAUGGCUGGUUGAGAACAACAUCACUGGGUGUCCACACCCUCACAUCCCUUCAGACCACUUCUCACUGUUAACACAACUUGAACUCCAUCCUCCACUCCUGCCUCUUGUCAAUGGUGUUCACUUGCCGAAUCGGAGGUAGUGGAGUACUCCCCCGCAGAGACGGGGAUCUGUUGCUAUGGACCUGUACAGUUGUAAAUCAAAGUAUGUAGGAGUGAAGUAUGGCCAUCCUUAAGCUGCUUCUUCAGGUUCCUUUCAUUAUGUGUUUGCUAUAAUACUUUGUACAUUUUUGUGCAUACUGAUAUCAUUUGGCACUAGGGCUGGAACCAAAGUAUUACUGUUUCUAAAUUUUAAUUUUACAUGUUUUAAAAUUGGUCCUUCUUCAUAUUGUAUUAGGAGACAGCAUCCAUAAUUUUUAAAGCACCAGGUUGAAGCCCAAAAACAGGGUAUUUGUUUUUCCAAAACAGAUAUUUUCUUUUGAAUGGUUUUAUGAGCCAACCAAUUUUGUAAAAGGCAAUUUUUAAAGACUAUACAUACAGAUUUUAAGCUGAAUGAUGGCAUGCCAUGCAGGGAAAGCUUUCUUGAAUUUCUGUGUCUCUUUAUAACAAACCAAUUUUUCCCUCACCAAGUCAUUUGCACAUUAACAAAAGCACUUAAAUUUGCUUGAUCUGUACAUGAACUAUGAGAUAGCCUCUAACCAUAAUAAGAAAAUUUGAGAAAUUAAAGAUUGUACAAUAUCAUUUUGCAUCAAGCAUUUAACAGCACAUGACAGUUUGUUGGCCAAUUGUUGUUGGGUUUUUGUUUGUUUCUAUUAGUUAUUGUCUUGUUAGAAGUAUUAAUUCUAAACCUGUCUUUCCAAUUUACUUUGAAGGGAACAACAGGUAAUUUAUACUGCCACAUGUCUUCAAAAUAGAAUUCAGUAUGUUUGUGAUGCCCACACAAUUGCUGUCUAUUAUUUUUCAUUAUUCUGAUCUACCUUUUCUGUCUAGCUUUAUUGGGAAAACAGAUAUUACAUCAUUGAUAUAAUUUUGGCCAUUAUAGUCAAGUGUUAACAACAACAAAAUCUCAGAAACCAAUUGCUGAAUUAAAAGGCCUUGAUCAAAGAAAGUUUCAGAAGGGAAAAACAUACAAAUAUUUCAUUUAUUUCCCAAAGUAGAUUAAGUUGUUGAUUUUGGCUUUUUGCAGUAACAUUAGAAAGGAUUUGGGGGACAGAGAGAGUUGAGGCAGUAGUUGAAAACCUUGAAUCAUUUUUCCUGACUCUAGCUGCCAAAUGGCCAUCAUAUGCUUUUAAUCUUUGUUUCCGUUGUUUGUCAGGGUUGAAUUAAGAAGCUACUGGUUUAUUCCCAACUGUUGAUGCCGUUAAAUAUGUUGGAAUCUCUUUUUGGCCCAAGAAGGGCUAGCUGAAAAUCUGUGACUCAAGAGGCAGUGAACAUAGUAUCGUUUUUUGGGGAAAAAUUAGUUGGCUACUUGAUGUUAAUUAUGGCACAGUAACAGGAAAAGGUUGUGUCUGUGUUUUUAAGUUUUUCUUUAUUCUGCUUUUUUGCUGCUAUAAGAGUUUUCUGAAAUUUAUAUUUUAAACUUUUCAUGCACUUUACUGUUUCUAGUCUCAAAAUGUGAUAUUUUUAAUAAACAAGAAAUUUUCCAUUAUGUGAAUGAAAUUUUAAAAGAAAAUAGCCUAUAUUUGUGUCUCCCUAAUAUAUAAAGUACAGGUCAAAUUUAAAUUAUUUAAUUAGUUUUAAAUAUAUACAAUUUGUCUCCUAUUUCAAACCUAAAAACUUAGGCUGUUUUAUUAGUCUUAAAUGAUGCAUUUCCUUUGGUCAUUUUAUACUGAUUUCUUCCUUAGUAAAUUAAUCAGGCUAUAUAAGAUAUUUCCCCGAAGGGUAAUUUUAGUGGGAUGAGGGUGGUGGGAUGAUGUAAUAUCAUUUAUGGGAUUGCAUCAGGAGGGUUCUGUAAAGCCUAAACUCCCUUUUAAAAGUGCCUAGUGAUAGAGGCGUUGUCAUCUAUUAAUAAUUGGAAUGUAACUGUAGUUCAGUGAAGUUUGAUGUAAAUAUUCUUUUAAAAAUCUUAACGAACCAGAAAAUAAAAAAACAAGUGAGAAGGAACAACCUUUAAGAUGACAGAUUUUCCUCAACGUGCAGGUAUCCCUUCUUAUAUACCUCAAGCAUCCAACAUCUAGCCAUGCAAAUUGAUUACCUGAAGCAUAGUACUGGAAAGUAGAAUAGCAUGAAAAACUUAAUUUUGUGGACAUUACCUUUUUUUGUAAUCAGCUACUGUAUGUUUUAUUUUAGAUCUUUUGUUUUGGGUGUGUUUUCUGCUCUGGAGGUAUAUGCACUAACAAAACAUUUUCCUCCUUUUCAUAUACGCAUGUUUAUUAGCAAUGUGAGCAAUAUUUCCUACCAUACUUCACUCCCGAUAUUUUUUGAGAUGUUUGUAUAAAAUGGAAUUUAAAAUUCACUUACGAUUGUAUAUGAACCACAGAGGAGCCCAUUUAUUAAUAAAAAAAACUUUUUUAAUAGUUAAAUGUAGAGGGGAAAAAUAAAAAAAAAUUGGGAAACAUUGUAAACAGCUUAAGUUUAUUUUGUGUAUGAUCGAGGCACUCUGUUGCAGGAAGGUGUGUAAUUGGGUUCUCUCUGCUUCCAAAUGCACUCUUUCAAACCAUUCAUUAUCCUGUGUAUUUUUAAUGUGGUUUUAGUAAAUGUUGGUAGUAGCUCUGUUGAAGUAGGUUACUGUGUUAUGUUUUGGGUGGCACACAUACUUGGGGCAUGGUAACCCAAAUUUCAUGUGCACGGUUUCCCUUUAGCCCACUGCCCAAGUUUCACACACCCUUCACCCUUUGUUCCCUUUGUAAAAGGAGUGGUAUCGGUUUUGAGCUGCCAAUUCAGAUGAUCAGAAAUGCUGCUCUCCUCAGCAUUGUCUUGUUAAAACGCAUGCCAUUUGGAACUUUGGCAGUGAGAAGCCAAAAGAAGGAGGUGAAUGACAAUGACGUACGGUUUAUAUUCAAUGAAAGUAAAAUAUAUGUAUUCAUAUACUUUCUAGUUCUCAGAAUAAGUUAAUAAGCUUUAUGCCAUUGGGCUGCUACAUAUUUUAUCUGAAGAUAAAAGAAAAUGGGGGCAUUUUUAGAUGUGAUACUUUUUUAAAAAAUUGUUCAAUAUAAUUUCUGGUAUUUGUCUAAGAACUGGAGUGUUCUUUAAAUUUCUUAAAACAGUGUUGUUUGAGGAAGGAAAAACUGCACUGUUUGCUUUAUAGCAGUCAUAUAAAAUGCACGUCAAGUCACCCACUCUCUCAGGCAUCAGUAUCUGCCUCAUAGCUUUACACAUCUUGAUGGGGAAUAUUGCAGCAUCCUCAGGACUGACAUCUGGGAAAGGCUCAAAUCCUCUUACUGCUCCUUGCUUGUUGACUUUGUUUUAAAAUAUUGUGCCUGGUGUCAACUUUUAAGCAACAGCACUGCCUAAAAGCAAGCAGAGAACAGAAUCCCAGCACCAUUCUAUAGGCAACUUUUUAGAAUUCAGAUAUAGUAAAUCUGUUCAAGAUUUAUGAUGUUUUAUGUAAAAAAAUUUUGUACAACAUAGCUGAAUAUUUUUGUUUCAUUUCUUUGAUGUAAGGCGUGUGAACGCUCGUUUGAAUAUCACAUGUUAAAGUCAGGUAUGGCACAAUGGGUUCUGAGACCAGCUUUCCGCACCCCCUCUCUCCCUCUCUUUUGCCUUGUUCCAAAUUCUUUUGAUGUUUCUUUGCGGAUAGUCAUAAGCAGAUAUUUAAUUUUACAAUAAGCAUCCUAUGUGAAUGUAUUAGAAGAAGCCACUGUGUUUUGAUGUUACAGUUUGCAGAAAUAUAAAGCUGUUUCUUAUUUGCCCCUACUUUUUGUUGUCUUAAAGUUACAUAUUAAAUCACAGAAAAGCAAGGGAGAAAGUGGAAAUAUAUCUGAGUCUCAUAUCACUUGAUUCUAUAAAUUAUAUUCAAAUUGAGAGUUUGGCAAUAUUCAAACUGGAAAUGGGCAAACACAUUUGUGUUCCAUUUUAAAAUUCUGUCUCCUAAGUAUGGAUAAAUGUGUGAAACUUUA